AUGGACAAGGAUUUCGCACAGCUACAGGAUGCUAGAGCUGCCAGGGAUUUUCCAUUUUCCUGUUCAUCCAAGGAUCUCAAGGACAUGGAUGGGGCCGCCCGUUCAUCCUUGGACAUACUAUCCUAUACCAACUGGUUUGCUGCGGAGUCCGGCAUUAUUACCACCAUUAUUCCAAGAUUACGAAGGAACGUCAGGAGCCACUGCAACGUUCAGCAUUUGACAGGGCAGGAGACUCUAGGUCGCGUAAUUUCUCCUCGUCAGCACCAUCUUCAACUCGGGGCUACUCAUCCUCUAGGGGCAGGGGUAGAGGCACCAGGUUUUUUCGUGGCACCAGAGCGGGAUCUAGGAAGUUUUGACUCCAAUCAAAUAGUCCAGUUUACUCAGCCUUACGAUUUGGAAAUGCCCCUCGAUUUGGAAACAGACUUCGAAUUUAUUCUACCGGUAUCCCAAUCUCCCGUAGGGGGUCGGCUAGCACAAUAUGUGGAGAAUUGGACACAGAUCACCUCGGACAGCUGGAUUCUAUCAGUCAUAGAGAAAGGUUACAUGCUACCAUGGGAGAGUCUACCUCCAGUAACCUACCAGCCGGUAGGGAGACGUUUUUUCCUGCAAGGGGAUCGUCUAGCGGGAGCAGUAACGGCCAUUCAACAACUGUUAGACAAGCAGGCCAUAGUGGAGAUUCCACCAUCAGACCAGUCAUGCGGGUUCUACUCCCCGGUAUUUCUAGUUCCCAAGAAAGACACGGAGGAGAAGAGGAUGAUCAUAGACUUGAAAGUGUUAAACAAGGAAUAUUUAAGGAAACCUCCCAAAUUCAAGAUGGAAUCCCUGACCAAUUUGAGAACUCUUAUCCAACCAAAUUCCAAAUUCAUCAGCAUAGACCUGAAGGACGCUUAUCUUCAUGUACCAAUACAUCCUCGGUCUCAGAAGUACCUUCGUUUCGCGGUAAACGGACGGAGAUUUCAAUUCCGUGUUCUACCUUUCGGAAUUUCUCUAGCUCCUUGGCUGUUCACGGUGAUCAUCAAUCCCAUUUUAGCGUUCCUACAUCAUCGUCAGAUAGCUAUCCACGGUUACUUGGACGAUUUCCUGGCACGGAAUAUAAUUACUCAGACUCUUUUAAAACAGACCAAGUUUAUACUCCACGUGUUCACACAUCUAGGCCUUGUUGUACACCCGGUCAAGUCAGAACUAGUCCCCACAUCAAAAAUCAAGUAUCUGGGAGCCAUCCUAGAUGCCAAAACGGCACGAAUUUUUACACCUCAGGAUCGUUGGUACAAGAUCCGGACCAAGAUUUUCAAUCUGUUAGCAAGCAAGGCCGCAUCAAUUCGGACAUGGAUGUCCCUGCUGGGAUCUCUUACGUCUAUCCAAGAUUUCACGAUGAGGGGCAGGAUUCAUCUUCGCGAACCGCAAAUAUGGAUCAAUGGGUUCAGGGAUCUGGACUUAGAAACUAUGGUAUCUCCUCCCUUCAUGAUUCGUCAGGAAUUUUUGUGGUGGACGGUGGACAGCAACGUGCUUCCAGGAGUACAUUUUCGUCUUCCUCCUCCAGACGUCACUCUAUAUGCGGACGCCUCAAACUCGGGAUGGGGCGCUCAUGUCAACGAACAUCAAGUUCAGGGGCUGUGGUCUCAACAGGAAAGCAAUCUCCAUAUCAACUGUCUGGAGAUGUUAGCGCUGGUAAAAGCUCUGUCUCAUUGGUCUUGGAACCUGCAUCAGAAGAACAUUAUGUUAGUGACAGACAACAGCACAGUAGUAGCCUAUAUAAACAAACAGGGCGGAACCAAAUCUCAUCGUCUACUACAGAUUACGAAGGAACUUUUCAAAAUAGCAGAUUCCAUGAAAAGUCAUAUAAAAGCUCGUCACAUCCCUGGAAAGGUGAAUAUUUUGGCAGACUCUCUCUCCAGACAGGACAGAGUGAUAUCAACAGAAUGGACUUUGAAUAUGGAGGCUUUCAAACUCAUCAAGGAGAAAUGGGAAACACCAUCCAUAGAUCUCUUCGCGACAGCAAGGAACAAUCGUCUACCUACAUUUGUGAGUCCUGUUCCGGAUCCGACAGCCUGGGCAGUGGAUGCCCUGUCAAUCUCAUGGGAAAAUCUGAUAGCAUAUGCUUUUCCUCCGUUCAAAUUGAUACCGGAAGUACUAGCCAAGAUCGCCCAACACAACUGUGUAGUUUAUCUGGUAGCUCCAGCAUGGCCGACCAGAACAUGGUUCACGGACCUUCUUCAAUUAUUGACGGACAAACCCUUACGACUGCCUUGUUGGGAAAAUCUUCUCAGUCAGCCCAAGUCGGACAGAUACCACAAAAAUGUAAACCUACUAGCUCUUCACGUAUGGAGACUAUCUAUAGUUCCCUCAAGGAGCAGGGUUUCAAUGAACAAGCAAUUUCGGCUAUCUCCGAGUCUAUCAGACCUUCAACGGCAGCACUGUAUGACACCAAGUGGAAUGUCUUCAUCCAGUGGAGAAGAGAGCAACGACUACUCAAUAUUCCAGUCACCAUACCUAUCAUAG